AUGACGGGUCUCGUUCAAUACGACAGUAGCGACGAGGAUGAGGGGGUCCAAACACCGGUUGAUGUGGUAAGAAUAUGCGGUCAUGCCACUAUCACCACCCGUACCACCCUCGCUAACCGUCUCACAGAGCCAGAACCUACCGCCACCAGCUCAUCCACCCCAACACACCCUCCACCACCAGCCCCAGCCCCAGUGCCAACCCCAGCCCUCGGCCCAGUACUAGGCCCAACCCUCGGCCCCUCCCGCCCUCCACCCCCAAAAACAACAACAAACGCCUCCGACCAAAAACCCCAAGCAGAGCAAGAAGAAGCCGCCGAAGAAAUCGACCUCGCCUUCCUCUCCGCCCCGGACAACACCAACCCCUCCCAACGCUCCCCCUCCCCUUACACCCGCACCCGCACCCUCCUGCACAACCUGACUCUCCCCGCCGUCCCCAACAUGGACAUCCCCGCCUCGCCACCGGGCUCGCCGCCCCCGGGCCUCGACGCGCUCACGGCCAAGUUCGACACCUUCCUGCGCCUCAAGCGCACGCGCGGCGUGCACUUUAAUGAGAGGCUCGCGCGGUCGGCGGGCAUGGCGAAUCCGGCGGUGGUGGAGCGUUUGUUGGGGUUUGUGGGGGUGGGGACGGAGUUUGGUGGUGAGGGGGGAGAGGAUGGUGAUGUUGAGAUGGGUGGUGGUGGUGGUGGUGGUGAGGGGGAGGGGUUGGUGGGCGGGGCGUGGAGCAGUACGCGACGGUGCUGA